UUGAACUGUCAAAAAAAAACCAAAAUAAAAUUCAUAAAAAACUACGCAAAAUAAAUUUCACAACAAAUAAUUUUUCAAUUUUCAUUUUAUUUAAACAAAAAUACCUACAUUUUUUUAUAAAAUGCCAACAGAAAUUGAAAAUAUAAAUCCAAAUGUCUAUGGCAAGUGCAAGGAAAGAGAAACAACAGCUGACGAAGAAAACGAAAGCAUUCCCGAUCCAUUUGAUUCGCGUGAAAUUUUUGAUCUUAUCCGAAGCAUCAAUGACCCUGAACAUCCUCUGUCCCUAGAGGAACUCCACGUCGUCCAAGAAGAUCUCAUCAAAGUCAACGACGAAGCCAACGAAGUCUCUAUCCAUUUCACACCAACAAUCCCGCACUGCAGCAUGGCCACCCUAAUCGGCUUAUCUAUCCGAGUCAAACUUCUUCGCUCGCUUCCGCCAAGAUUCAAAGUCAACGUUGAAAUAACCCCUGGAACUCAUGCUUCCGAAAUGGCUGUCAACAAGCAGUUGGCCGACAAAGAAAGAGUUGCCGCCGCUUUGGAAAACAAACACCUUGCCGAGGUCAUUAACCAAUGCAUUGCCACUAAAGGCUAAAUCAAUUGAUUUUUCCUAACAAAAACGCAAGCGUAACAGUUUUUUUUAUUUUCUGUACAUAUACAAGUUUUGUUAUUUUGAAUUCCUUAAAAGCUAAUUAAAGUCCACACCCGCGCGGAGGUUCUAUUAA